CUUGACAUAGCCCAUCCGUUGGGAGUCGCAGUGCGUGCUGGUGCAAGCGUCGUCGAGCAACAAUGAACGGUUACGCGGACAAGCGAGCGAUCAACUUCGGUCCAGGACCUGCAAAACUGCCACUAGACGUGCUCGAACGAGCUCAGCGCGAGCUGUGCUGCUUCGAACAAACUGGCUUGAGCGUGCUAGAGAUGAGCCACCGUUCGACGCACUACGCCGAGAUGAACAAAGUGGCGGAGUCCGUUUUUCGUCGACUGCUGUCGAUUCCGAAUAACUACAAGGUGAUGUUCCUGCAGGGAGGCGGGACGGGACAGUUUUCUGCCGUUCCAUUGAAUCUGUUGCGAGGCGAGAAACCCGUCGCUGACUACAUCAUCACGGGAAACUGGUCGAAUAAGGCAGCGACCGAGGCGAAGAAAUAUUUGAGUGUCAACUAUGUGUUCCCAAAGCCAGACAAGUUCACUACGAUUCCGGAUAGGAGCGAGUGGAAGCUGACUCCUGGCGCGUCAUACGUGUACUAUUGUGCGAAUGAGACGGCACAUGGCAUCGAGUUUCCAUUUAUACCCGACACGGGCGACAUUCCUCUAGUCUGUGACAUGUCCUCAAACAUACUCACAAAAGAGAUUGACAUCAGCAAGUUUGGAGUCAUAAUUGCCGGAGCUCAGAAAAACAUUGGUUCAGCUGGAGUCACAGUAGUGAUUGCUCGUGAAGACUUGAUUGGUAAAGCACAUCCGCUGUGUCCAAUUAUAUUGGACUAUAAAGUGAAUGCGGACGCCAGCUCCGUGUACAACACGCCACCGGUCUACAGUGUGUACAUCAUGAAACUUGUUUUUGAGUGGAUUGAACAGCUAGGAGGACCUCAAGCGAUGGAAAUGAACAGUAAAGCAAAGUCAGGAUUGAUUUACUCUGUUGUGGAAGAGUACAACGAUGUGUACUUCCCAACAGUGGAGAAACCGUAUCGUUCAAGAAUGAAUGCAACCUUUCGUAUUGGCUCUCGUGAAGGUGACGCUGAAGUGGAACAAAAUUUUUUUAGUGGAGCUGGAAAGCUGAACAUGAUCUCUCUGAAGGGACAUAGGUCGGUCGGAGGUGUACGUGUUUCAAUGUACAAUGCGAUUACAGUCGAGGAAGUGCAGUGUCUCGCUAAAUUCAUGAAAGAAUUUGCUGUACAACAUCGACAGCAGAAGAACUAGAUGUCGCGUGUCAGUGGAAGUUGUAUAUGGAAUACACAUCAACUAGUUUCAUAUGUUUCAUACAGUGUCGAGAACAACACUGUAGUAGUAGUUUGUUGUGUAUUCCAGUUCAGUUGGUAUUGUACCACACUUCGUGAGUUUGAUAUCAACUGGUUGUUGGCAUACGACACCUGCAGUUGGUUUCCUGUAGUCUUGCAGUUAUCGUCGAUAAAAAG